GUGCUUGCAGUGAAGACCAACCUCGACCCGAGCCGACAAACGGGAGUGCGUGAAAAAAAAAAUAAAAAAUUCGGUUCAAGUUGCCGAGAAGCAAGCGUGAGAGGAGGCCUACUACCUAAAGGACAACAACAAAACAACCACCAAACUCCGGAUCCAUCCCUUCCAGAACCGAUGGCGGGAACGCAGGACCAAAAGUGGCAAAAAGAUGCGGUGGACCAGAACUUUGAUUACAUGUUCAAAAUCCUCAUAAUAGGAAACAGCAGUGUAGGGAAGACGUCGUUCCUGUUCCGGUACGCCGACGACUCCUUUACGUCGGCCUUUGUCUCCACGGUAGGCAUAGACUUCAAGGUCAAGACGGUCUUCCGACAUGACAAGAGGGUCAAGCUCCAAAUUUGGGAUACAGCUGGCCAGGAGCGCUACCGAACAAUCACAACGGCCUACUACCGUGGGGCUAUGGGCUUCAUCCUAAUGUAUGACGUUACUAAUGAAGAGUCUUUCAACAGUGUUCAAGACUGGGUGACGCAGAUCAAAACGUACUCAGUGGACAACGCCCAGGUGAUCUUGGUGGGCAACAAAUGCGACAUGGAGGACGAGCGGGUGGUGAGCGCCGAGCGUGGCCGGCAACUGGCCGACCAGCUCGGGCUCGAGUUCUUCGAGACGUCGGCCAAAGAGAAUGUCAAUGUCAAGGCCGUCUUCGAGCGCCUCGUCGACAUCAUCUGCGACAAGAUGUCCGAGAGCCUCGACUCGGAUCCCGCGCUCCUGGCGGGCGGCGGCGCCAAGGGCACGCAUCUCACCGACAACCCCGCCGCACCUGCAAAUGCCUCCUGUCAGUGCUAGAGCCCCUCCUCUCCUCUUUUCCUCCUCGCCCCUGCCCCCCUCAGGUCAGCCUCUGCUGGUUGAGCUGCUAGUUGUGACCAUGUGGCACUCAGCUUCCCCAUGAAAGACAGUGUUCUCGGUUGAUCGCGUUCUGCAGUACUUUCAUUUUUGUGCAGCAUAGCAUCCAUCCCUGUGCCUAAGAAACUAAUGGCUAUAUAUAGAACAACAGAAACUUCAUCUAUAAUCGGGUACAACUUAAGACGCUCGGAGAGACGACCGAUAAACUGCCGUGCCCAGAUGACUGAAGUGUGGCAGCCAGCCGCCAUUGUGACUAAAAAACAAUUAGUCUUGCACACAACAAUGUUCUCUAUAGGCAGGGUUACUAGCUGUCCUGCUCAUCACAUCAGCCCAUUGAUGCAGGAUUGUGUGCAUUUGUUUUUGAUGAAGAAAUAAAAAUGCCACAGACUUCUAAAGUUCAUCCGACUAUAGUUUAUAAGGAGGCAUUAAAAUAUAAAGUUUGACAUGCAGACACUGACACAAGAAGUGGUACAAUCUUUCACAAAAGAAGACAUGUCGCAACCUUUCCGUUGAUAGUCACAUUUGCCUUGUCCAUUUCCUUUCACUUGCAUCCGUAUGUCUACACCUAACAUUUCUUCGAUGCAAAUUCCUGGUCUGUAUUUCAGGACAGCAUUUGGCUGCAUGGCACAUGAGUAGUCUUGUUGAUUUAGUACACGGUUGCAUUCUACAGGUCAACUUGAAACUUAGAAUGUCAUUGUAGGAUUCCUUGAACAGUAUAAUUUACUGUACUCUGGUAUAAAAUAAAAGCACAUUAAAGGGCCAGUUGGUUGAGUGUUCAACCAACUUGCAUUGAUUGUGUGACAAUAGAACAGGACAAACAUUUGAAAAAAUAAUAAUAAUAAUGCUAAAGAAAGAGUGCAGGGCACUCUGUAAUCAAUUGUAAACAAUGGUCUUUUUUACUGUUGGUUCACGAACAAUUCACAUUCGUCAACUACACUUUCGUGUCUCGUGAAGCCUAGAGUUAAUGAUUAGGAGUGAUGGGGUGGGACCUGUUACUUGGAGUUCACCACUAAGAAACAAGCCUGUAUUAUAUCAGCAAAGUGAAUGCAUUUGUAGAAAUUGGAGGUCGCAAAUUGGUCUGUCACUUCACUGGCAGGCAUAAACCAAGAUCACUGUCUUUCUGCCACCUUAUGAUGUUUGAAUGUCACUUAUACAUAUAAUUUAAACUGCAAACAAGUGUUUUUGUUAUUCUUUAAAGACUCAGUGCUUAAACCCAUGUCUCGUGUGCUAAACACAGGACCCAUAUGUCUCAAGAGAUGUGCUCACCCCAGCACAGGAUAGACAUAAGUCAGCAAAGGUGCUGUUGGUAAACAUCAUGCUCAAGUUUGUGCAGAUCACUACUGAAAUUUCCUAAAGGUCGGCUUUUGCUCAUUUCACUAAUUGGAAGCUGCAGAAAAUGGAAUGCAUGUAACAAGCUAUUUUCAAGAAUACCUGUCUAGCAUAUCUAGCAUAAGUCUUCUGCGCUGUGUUCCACUGCAGUGCACCCUGUGUUUGCAUUGCCUUUGCAAAAAAGUUUUUGCUGCAGGGCAAAUGCCUCAAUGCAACUAGAUUACAAGCCAGGAAACAUUUGGAGUAGUUUCACUGGCAAACUGAGCAUGUAACUGCACACGUAUACCGUACCACGUAAUAUGGAAUACUAUUCCGUGUUGGUUCUUAUUGGUCAUUUUUUUCCCCCGUUAAUCAACUAAGCGACCGCUUCUGGUGCUGUGAGCACUUUUCUAUGGACAUUUCGAAAUACCUCGGUGAGCCCCCGAAUGAGCUACGUGAUGACACUGUGAACACGAAAUGGUAUUUAUAUAUGGCAGCAAUAAUAUGGAACAUUUUGCAUGGAAUUCGGAAUAGUAUUUCGUAUUUUCUGGUAUGAAUAGGUUUCUAUGAAUCGAACGAUCCUGGCGCAGAGGAUGGCGUUGCUAACUGCUGCACUAAGGAAAGUGAGGUAAACCGAGUGCCCUGUGGUCUGAGUCGAGCAUUCUUGAGCCAGCGCAGGCAUACCAGAGGCGCCCCUGUCCCUAGUGUCCACGCACCCCACUCCCCGAGUGCUAAACGAGCGCUGCUCCCUUGCUGUUGUUGUUGCUGCUGUGACCGCUGCCAGCUUGACUGCCGCUAAACAAAGCGAAGGCUGCGCCUGGGUGACUGCUGAACUGUGUCUGUGUAACGUGUUAUCUCGGCCAACCGUAAUGGCACUAACUGGUCAUUCUACUCCUGUUUAUGAAUUACAGUGAUGGGUCUAUAUUCUUGUUCAUUUGUUUUUCUUUUCUUGGGUCUGAUUAUUGUUGCAAGAUUUUGAGUGACAUUGAUAGCGAUACGUUGUGACACAUUGCGGCACACAGAUUGUGAAGCAGUUGAUGUGAUGCAUCAUUUUGCUUGACAGGCAUUGGCAGCCCGCCACACACGUUGUUUCUCUUAAUUGUCAGCACAUUCGAUUCUUGUUUCGCGAAAUCUCGGUAAAAGGAUUCACACUCCCAAGGUCAUUUUAGGCUGAACUAAAACUUGGACAACUAGGUUACAAAGAAAGAAGUAUGUUGGCAUAUGUUCAAAAUGGGAACACCAAUAGGUGUAGUGAAUGUACUUGCUUCUUUUUCAUAUUAAUGUUGUCUGCAUGCCAUUUUUUUUCUAUCUUUUCCCUAGUAAUGUUGAGGUGUCCAAUGAUAAGGUAUCCCUUGCACUGCAGCUUACCAUGCGACUCCUAGUGUAUACUUUCACAGCUGUGAUCUGGGUUCUAGUCUUCAGUGAUAACUCUCAUGCCACAGCCAGUGGCUGUGCUGGUCUCGCAUUGAAUACAGUGCUAACAUGACAAAAUGGGCCUUGUAGUUCAAGUGCCAAUUAAGAUUUAUUAUCUCUUGUCUCCUGUUGCAUUGGUUUUCUGAUGUACAGUGCAGCUUCUAAUUGUGACUUGUAUUUUUUUUCCGAGUACUUUUUUAACGAAAAAGGAUCCACAAUGGACAUUCGCUUCAGUUUUUAACCGAAGCACGGACUCUGAAACACUCUCCUUUCUAUGUUGCCUGAGGCAGCCAGAUUACAAAUGGCGAGUCCACCGACUGAUGACUGAAAAAUUGACUCUUAAUGCUGUAGCCCUUCUCGGGUGCAUAUGUAAUCACAUGCAUCAGUUCGCUGGCCCCAAGAGCCUCUUUGAGCUGCACUUGCCAAGCUAAAGAUAUAUAUAUAUAAUAUAAUACAGGAAGCCAGCAUUAUGAUGAAAUUUCUUGCCUAGACGCCUUGUGCCUUUGGAUUUUAUGUAAGCAGCAUGCAGGUCACCACGCAUCCCGAGUAUUGAAGCAGGCCAAUGCAUUUUGCUCUUUCAGCCGUACUGCAAACUGCCCUUAUUUGUGUUUUGUUCUCUUUCAGACAGCUUUGUUAAACCAGGGUAAUGCAGCAGUAAUCAGACAUCAGUACUAACACACACUGCCAAUUAAGUUUUCCUAUCGCUUACUGCUGUGAGAUUAGGGGAGAGGUGUUUCAUUAGCCGGAGCCGUUUCAUUUCCGCCAAGUUCACGUAAAUGUUUACAUCUGCAGAAAAAGUUCAUCGUUGUCCUUUUUAACUGUGAAUGGUUUGAAAUUAUUCACCAUCAAUAGCUUAACUGUAAUCUCCAAGCCAUGUCACUGAGGGGGCAUCAGAGCUCAUUGUUGUAGCAUGAAGCAUCAGUAAGCAGAACUUUUUUUUUUUUCAUGAUCUGCCCUUAAUAUGCAGUAGCCGUUAUAGUCGAAAGAUACAUAAGCUGUUCUUAAGAGAAGAAUAACCUUUGCGUUUGAUGUGCUGGCAAGAGCUCCCUGUGUCCGAGCGUCAUUGUGCGUACAAGCGACUGUUUUUUUGUUUUUCUUGGCACGCUUAACUUUUGAAAUAUCAGAGCUAUUGUGAUGCCUCGAUGACACAGCAGAGUCUCAGUGUAACAGAGUUGAAUUUUAUUUUAUUUUGAUGAACUUUAGAUGAAUUUUAUUUGCAUUGAAGCAAGUUUUUCAUAUGCCUCGGGGCAUUUCGUGCAGAGUCUUCAGCAGUUCAGCCAGGCGCAGCGAAGCGCUUGUAAGACGGGAGAAACCUUAAUAGUCUGAUGUCGAAACGGGGCUCCUUUAUUUUCAAGUCUCAAUUUUUCCUGUUAACAUCUGGAACUACGUUGUUCGCUCAUGUUAUAUCUACCCCGUUGUUGAAGUGUUCUAGAAGUUCUUGGGGAUCUGUUUUGACCUGAUUUUUGGGGGGCUUGAUUCAAUGAAGUAGCAAUUUUUGAGUGGCCAUUGAGCAAUUUUCUAGUUAUGUAUUUGAGUGCAUCAAUGAAAAUUUUCGUCAGUGCAUACCAAAAUUUCUAUUGUUGAGAAUCUUACCUGACCAAUUUUCUAUUAGUAGUCAGGGAUGGCUGCUGAAGAACACUCUGUUCUAUCCAUAUGACAUAUGACUCAUGAAACACUUGUUACUUGGUCGACAAUCUUGGUUGGCAUGUAAAUGGUGGCCAUUGUCGGUUGCUCUAGUAUUCACCUCUCGGUUUUUUCGGGAGCGUGUAGGAAAACUGGGUGCAUAUUCUAAACCAAUCGUUUUUUGGCAGUGUCACUUCUAGUGGAGUUCAGUUUGCUUACUUAGUUCAAGAGAUACAAGGCGAGAAGGGCCCACAUUUGGCAGUUUAUGCGUAGCAUAGUCCUCCAGCUUAUUACCACAGCAUCUAUCAAGAAUGAGAUGACAAAUUGGUUGUCAACUUCGUGCGAAGGUGCGACUGUCUCGGAAACCGACAGGUUAGGAAUGGGGCUGCAAUGUCACAGCUCGCUUGCCAAAGCCAGAACAUAGCUACAACUUGAAUCAAGCCCCUCCCCCCACCCCUCCGCAAGGCCUUCCUUUUCGCCUGUUGCUGCGUGGUUGUCUGAGUUAAGAUAAAAAAAAGAAGGUGUGUGUUCUCCGUGUGCGUCUCUCGCUUGUUUUACGAAAUGUCUGCCGUCUGCUCGUUGUCUUCUCGCGGCCGAGCCAGGCGUCGGGUCGGUCCUUUUUAUUUUGGGCGUCGCGCAUUUCCUGGCGUCAGAGUGCCGGAGGAGAUGAGUGGCGCCUGUCGACAAUGAGUGUGACUUCUGUAAAUGCUGGUUGCCCAUGUAUAAAUGUGUAUAUAUAUUCUUUUAUGAACAUUGUUCCCCCGAUACAACCCGUUCGCCCACCUACCUUCCUUUGUUUUUUUUCCCCCGAUUCUCCCUCAACCCUGUCCCUCGUGUUAUUAAUUGAAAGGAUGAUGGAGAGUGAGAGCAGAAGAGCCUGGCAAUAAGAAGCAAACAUAGAGUUGAGGUUAAAAAAAAAGGGGGAGGGACACCCUUCUUUCUUGUUAGUUGGGGGCAGCAAUGUGAUAAAAAUGAGGGAAAAAGAAAUAGAUUGUAAGAUAAUUUCAUUUGUUUUCUCUUUUUUAUCACUGUGGCCCUUUUAUGGAGACUAAGGGAACCCUUUAUGGAGAAUAAUAAACUUACAUUUGUGAAGGCAGGAUCGUUAAUGUUUGUAUUUCUUUUUUGAAGAGAGCGGCAGUAGCGUCCUGAAUACAUAACAAGGUAACGCGAAACAACCCCAAUUGCCCAUGUGGAUGCCCUCUCCUUUCCUCAAUUAUCUUAUGCAUGUUUUGUAUGACAAUUAGAAACUCUAAAGUAUCAAGCUAGAUUUUUUUUCUUUAAACUAUGUAAAUUUUAUUGCCUCGAUUGGGAAUGCUGGCCAGCACUUUUGUGGCAGGUACUGCAUAUCUGGGGCCUUUUGUCUGGAGUAAUCACUCGUGAGGCUUGUUCACACAUGUGAUUUGCUCCGACCGUGCGACCAUUUGGCAAAGAAGUGAUUCGAGGCGAUAAAUUUUCAGGCCUGUAUGCGACUUGUAAUCGUCGCCUCACGGAAUGGACGUCUGCUCACAUAUGGCUCGCAUCGUCAUUGCACCAUAAAAUAGUUUACUUCAUGUUCUUGGGCACUUGAUUGCUUCAGAUGUUUGCGACUGUGGUUGCGCGACUGGGUCAAAGCCUUGCGACUGAAGCAGUCUUCGUGAGACUAACCUGGUCACACGACCGGUGCUGGUCGAAAGUGUGAACGAGCCUGUAGCGCUAAUGUGGUCUUGCAUUCAUCUCAACUAGUCAUCACUAAAGCGAACACACACUACAGUCUUACCCGAGCUCUGACAUACAACUAGCCGUACCAACAGGUUCCAAUUACCAGCACACGAUACAUGUUGCGCAAUGUAAGAAGCACUCUGGAAGUAAUCACAUUAGAAUUUGACCUCCAUUCGAAGCCUUGCUGAGCCCAUCUGCUGCUUCAAUAACUGCACUGAAACAGAAUUCUCGUACGUUGAAACUCAAGUUCUGGUGUGCUGCAGGGUGCGUUGACUGUAGUGACCGGCAUAUUUCGUGCAUUUAAUGACUUUGCAUCCUGAAAGUUUGCGAUUCAGGAGAAGGUGACUGCUACCAGUACCAAUCAAAUUGCUUGAGGGAAAAACUCAGCCACGAACGAUGUUGCACAUGGCCAUGUACAUUGGAUACAGGUGGUGAAGGCCUUAAAUAUACCUGGAUAAAGUUGUGGCCCGGGCGACCACAUUUCGAUAGGGGCGAAAUGAUAGAGGCCUGUGUACUCAGAAUUAGGAGCACGUUAAAUAACUACAGGGGGUUGAAAUUUCAAUAAUUAAUAAUUAUUGAGAUUUCUUGAGCCUUACACAAUAAUGUCCCUCAUAACCGUAUUGUGAUUCGGAGAUGUUAAACCUUGUCAAUUAUUACAGUUGGAGCCAAAAUAGACAGUCCUAAUUGUGAUUAGUUAAGAGCGCAGGCUGCAUCGAUAAGUCCAACAGUGAUCAAAUUGGCCCUACUUGUUUCAAGAUCGCUGAACAAGUUUUUCUUUGUGUUGAUUAACGUGUCCGACAUGUGACACUAAUGAAAAAUGUCCCUUUUUGACUAUACAUGAACCGAAUGGCACAAACUUCUGCGCACGUAGGUGUAUUAUUCUUUACACAGGUGCUGUUUUCUUUCAUUGUCUUAAGAUGAGCACUGUGUCCAACGUUAGCCAUCGGGCCAGCCAUUUGCUUCAUUAACGAUUGGGUUCAGUGUGGAAGAUAGUAACUCAUUACACAUUCCAUGCCUGGUUCUAUCGGUCAACGCAGCACUUUUGUGGAGCCUUGCAAGGCAUGUCCAAAAUUUCGAGCUUCUUAAAAGUGAGUUGGGUUGUCAGCGACUGGGAAGUCAAGGCAGCAUGUAGCAUGCCUUUGAAGCGUCCAGCAAGUGGUCAUUAGAGAUACCUAUCUGAUCAGGUUGAACCAGAUGCAGCAAAAGUUGGUGCUCACGCAUUAACUGGCCACUACAAGUGUCAUAUGUUGCCGGCAAGCACGUAUUGCUUGUUCUUCACGUACAUACACAUUUCAAAAUAAAGUGAAACCACACGCAAAGUCUGCAUUUAUAGUAGUUCCUUGCAUCUCUCGCCCAGCUAGCUAGCUUGUCCCGUUUUUAAUUAAAAUGUACAAGUGUAACCUAAAUGACGAGAAUGGAAAUACUUUAUGUUAUAAAACUGUAAAAGAGUGCAUUGUAUGGGUACAACUUCAGCAAUCAUUCCAUUUUUUUUAACUGUGUUGUUGUGCUGGCAUUUGUUUUCUCUGCUUACCUUCUUAUACAUUGCGGGUUAUAUUUUUGAUAUUCUCUUAUGUUUAAUCAAAGCAUUUUCGCCUGUGUGACUAUUGCUGUGAAGCUUUGCUCUCCUUUAUCUUUUUUUUCUAUUUUGUAUUUCUCCCAAAAAUAUUUUUGACCAAAGAAUUCCUCCUGCAUUUGUGAUCUACUUUUAUAUACGAGAUUUUAAAAAAUUUCUUGCAAGUGAAUUUUGUACACUUACAAUUUGACUUGCAGAUUUCCCAGUGGUAUUCUCACUGUGGCUGGGUAAAAAAAAAACGAACAUUGUGACUUUUUGUAUCUCACGAUGAGUUCUAGUCGCUAAAACGUUCUCAACCGCGUACCAACUGUAACUUCGUCGGUCCGCAUUGAGCUAGUCAUUUUUGCAAUGCAGUGCAAUUUCGUUGUAAUGAACCCCAGUGUGACUCCGUGUCAAGCACUUUAGUAUUGCCCGUAUUCUUGCAUAUGGAAUCCUCACUUGAGAUUCAUUUUUCACAAUGACGCCUGAUACAAUGCUGUGAGCAUUGGCUGGUGCUCGAAAGGUGGCACUGUCCACUCUGCUCGACAUUAUAACCUGCAAGAUGUUUCCGGAUUGUAUUCAAAGCCUAAGCCUUCAAUGAAAUAGUGUCUAGUAGUUUUUUGCAACUGCCUACGCUGUUAUUCAGAUUGCACAUUUGUGAAUCAGUCUUCGAAGCACAGCCAUGCUUGCUUGUUUUUCGUUUAUUUUAACGAAGACAGUUGUUGAUGUGACAUAUGAGGACGAAGUGUAAUUUUUCAUGGUUCGCGUAAUACAAAACAAGACGGCUGGCUUGCACUGUACUGAAACACUAAGGGGCCACAGAUUUUCUUCUUGAAUGAUCUAAAUUUGAAUGACUAUGAAACCUGUUGUUAUGCUUUACUCAAUGAGUAUGCAAAACGGUAAUGAGCAUUGGUCAUUGCUUAGAUCAUGAACGGAGAAGAAAGCAGUUCAACUGGGAAACACGUGACCAAGUGGGCGGCCCCUGACAAUGUGCACGACAAGCGUGAAUGGGAAAUGUGCGUGCACUUUGAUUGUUUACGCCCCGUGCUAGCCUGCAACUGUGAUUCCCUCUUCCGGGCAGUAUGGUAAUAGAAGUUGACUGCAUAGGAAGCACUUGUUGAAUUGGACAACUUUUUUUUCAGCAUGCCAUCUGCGUAGCAAGCGGCCAAAAUUGCGACAUCAGUUCAAAAUCAACUUUUGAGUCAUCCAAGUGUGAAUUCGUAUGACCCGCAGGUCAUGGAAUGGAAUUCCAGCCGCGGCGGCAGUAUUUUCGAUGGAGGUGAAAAUUCUUGAAGCCCGUGUGGUCAGAUUUAUAGGUGCACGUUGAAGAAUUCCAGGAGGUCGAAAUUUUCGGAGCCUCCCUCUAUGGCGUCUCUCAUAACUAUAUCGUGGUUUUGGGAUGUUAAACCCCAACAAUUAUUGUUAUAAAGUCUGAAUUGGUGCAAGUCAGCCGUAUUGGUUUUUUGAGAUUGUUGGCUACGAGACAGUUUGUUUCUUUAAGAAGUCAAGUCGGCCAGGCGGUUGCACAUUUGUGGCUCGAAGCGUAAAGUAACCCAUGUCUUUCUUUUUCCAGUCAGUGCAAGUUUAUAGUAGCGAUUCCUUUGAUGGUCCUGUGUCUGGGUUUCAUGUGCCACUGUAUAACCUUCGCAUGAAACGUUGAAAAAAAAAAAAAAAGUGGUAUGCCUGCAGUGAUAGGAGUGUUGCUGUAACUAUGUGAACAACUCUGUGAAAAUACUACGUUAGGGGAGUGUGAAGAAAUAAAAAAAAAAGACUUAACAGCGUUCAUUUCAGCCUGCUUUCGGAGGUACUUCGCACACUGCAAUGGCAGGUUUCCUGCUCGAUGCAUGAGCGAGUGUUGGGGCCUAAGACAUGGUGAUAGCAGCGCAUGUCGUGACGUUUUUUCCUCUGAAUCCGUAGGACUGGAAGUUAAUGCAAGGAUUGUUGAACUUUUAAGUAGAGGCACUGCGGUAGCUCGAUAUGAAGCCUGCAUGAGCGCUUUUUGCUGUAUUCGAGAAAACGUCGGCAGCCUACUGUGCAUCUGUGCUUGUGUGUAUGACACGUGGAGGCUUGAAUGCACAAACCACGGUCUGGUUGAAAAGUUUUGAGAUGACCCUGUGCUGAGUCCUGAAGUGCGUGCUGUUGUAGUUUGUUACACCUGUUACAACUGCAUCAUAUUCUCCACUGGUCCUCAAGAUGGUGUGCUAACCCCUUUAGUAACUCCUUGAUGCCUUACUAAAUUGAAGUUGACUCUAAAAGUGGGACUCGUUGUUGAUCUCUUCCCUAUUUCUGUUACCGUGUUAGGAAACAUUUGUGCGACAUCUACAACUAACAUCUCUUAAUUAAUGACAUUAGUUUUUAUAAGGGCCUAGCUGAACAUUCAUUACUCUUUCAGUGUUAAUGAAUUACUAAUAUGAGUGCUAAUAAAGCACAAAGAGUUGUAGUUGCUCGCUCUUGUACUUUCAAACUAAUCUCUGUAAGGGCCUGAACGUAGAAGUCGCAUCUUUGGAUUUUGUGUAAACUAUCUUUAGCAAUUGUAAUUGAAUGAAGACAAACACUGGCUUGGGGGGAGGGGGGGGGGGGAGGCAAGCUGCCACAUUCUACAUUGUGGAUAGUCUGACCUGCCACAGUUUCAAAACUUUUCAACCACGCCCGCCUGCUAGACAAAAUUAUGUGCAUACAGGAAUGCUCAGUUCAGGUUCCCCCCCCUAGGGAAUUCUAGGAAUAUACAAGCUGCUGAACUGGGGACCUUUCGUUUCACCUAUUUUUAUAACCAUUGGAAUUUAGGAAAUUACAAGGGAAAUGACCAAACAUAAUUCUGGAUAUUUUUUUUUUUGUGAUAACAGUACCAAUAUUGUUCCUGACAGCCAUCUUCUAACAACACUGAGAGAUUAAAAACUGCAUCCUGCGAUUCCUUUUUUUGCCCUGUGCACAUUUACUUUUGUCACAGCAGUAGCUUAUUUCCUUGCUCUUGUCUGUUAAAAAACUGUUGAGUUGUACAGGAUGCUUGGCUGUGUUGGGAUGUAGCAGAUUAAACUUUGUUAAAAAAAAAGAAACAGUGAAGUCAUUUCUGGCUAGGUGUAACUUUACAUUAAAAAAAGUGGAGAGAAUAACCUUCCAAGAGCAAACAGCAGCCAACACUUUUCUCUUUUAUUUUUAGCUUACCAAGUGUGAAGGACACAACCAUAACCAUUUCUCCUUCCUUUCACCCACUCUUUCUGUUUUACUGAAAACAAUUCCGUUGUGACUAGUUGUAAGGCUUCUUUUCCUAGUUCCAGUGCUGUGGAAUAAACAACAAAAAAAAAUUAAGAACUUCUUGGUUACCUUGGUUCUUGUCCUAACAUCAGUACAGGUAGUAAUGGUGUGCUGUUCUAAGGCCUUCAAGUUUAACCAAUUAAAUGCCACCUGCACCCUUAAUUUUCAUGCUGUCAAAUAAGCAAUAAAAAUAAGAAAACCAA